GCGCUCCUCCCGGGCGCCCCUCGCCGCCGGCCCGGGACUGGACGGGGCGGGGGACGAGGAGUGCCCCCUCCGGGACGGGCAGUGGUGACAAGCUAGGCUCGUAUUGGCCCCUGGGGAUAAAGGGUGUUCCCAGAAUAGCAGGAGGAGGACCGUGUCUUACCGUAGCGCCACCUCGGGUAUUGCCCGCCCCUCCGAAACUGCUCGGCGAGGGGUUUGUGCUCUCAUCUGGCACCUUAAAAUGUGUCAGCUUCAGAAAGCUUUUAAGACUAUCCUUUAAAUUCUCAAGAGCACUUCAUGACUGUCAGCAAUUGUCUGAUCUUGGAGAGGUGGGUUCAUCUGUAGGGAUUUGAACAGCACAUGGUACAUGUGAAGAUUUCUUGGCAGCUUAGUUGGAAACCAUUGAUCACCUUGCCCUCAUUUCUACCUGUUCCGUGUCAGCAAGAGAGUGUGCCCAAAUGAGCAAGGUAGCACAGCAGAACAGUACUCCCGCAAUAAGUGUUAUUCACACCCAGGCUCAUGCCAGCGGCUUGCAGCAGGUUCCUCAGCUGGUGCCUGCUGGCCCCGGGGGAGGAGGCAAAGCCGUGCCUCCCAGCAAGCAAAGCAAAAAGAGUUCGCCCAUGGAUCGAAACAGUGACGAGUAUCGUCAGCGCAGAGAGAGGAACAACAUGGCUGUGAAAAAGAGCCGGUUGAAAAGCAAGCAGAAGGCACAGGAUACACUGCAGAGAGUGAAUCAGCUCAAAGAAGAGAAUGAACGGUUGGAGGCAAAAAUUAAAUUGCUGACUAAGGAAUUAAGCGUACUGAAAGACUUGUUUCUUGAGCACGCACACAACCUUGCAGAUAACGUGCAACCAGGUAGCACUGAAAAUACAACAACUCCUGAUAACGCAGGACAGUAGACCUCACCCCUUCCGAGUUGCCAGCUGGUGGCUGCAACGUUAAAGGUGUGACUGCCUACGCCACUCGUGUCAAUGGCCGCACGUUGUCUUGUUCCAUCAUUCAAAGAUCCGUUGAAGGGUGUUUUCUAGGAUCAGCACUGAUGAGUUGAUUAGCUAAAAAUGUUAGCCGUGUAAUUUGAAUAUCUAGGUUUAAAUGAUAUGGAUUUUUGUGGGGAUGAAACAGAUUUUUAAGGUAUAUGGUUAAAAAAAAAAGUCCUGGACCUUGAUGUUCUUAAUAAAUCCUCACUUCCCAAGAAAUGUUUCUUUUCUAGGUUGAUAAAAGGAACGGGGAACUGGCAGGGCCUGCAGGAGGUUCUUGGUUUUACUGGAGAUGGUUAAUUGGACUAAGAACGUUGAAUGCCAUUUGGUUGAUUUGUGAUUUUUUUUCUAAAUUAUGUACUAUAAAUCCUUAGGGCUAUGGAAAUCAAUCACUUUGUGAUUUGGAGUGAUUUUAUGUAUAGCAUAAACCUUGUUUUAGCAUAAUUAGUACUGUUUUCCCCAACAAGUACAAGUUUUUGAGUAGCAGUGCCAGGUCAAGUAAGCCCUGUUGUGUUUUAAAGGCCAGAUACAGCCAGUUGGCUUAAAAAUACAAAUAAUUAGGAGGCAAAUAGGUUUUUUAAAAAUAAGAGUAAAGCAUAUUAGAAUUAUGCUUUUGGGAUACCUUUGGGUUAUUGGAUUGGCGUUAUUUUGUUUUCUAACAACAACAAACCAAAAGACAACUCUGGUUUAGAGGAACUUGUGUACCAAAUUUUUGUUUCUGUAGAUGCUAGUCAGGUAAGCAUUUUUAAAUUCCCAUUUUGAUAGGUUAGUAGACAGAAUGUCUUGUUUACCAGUUGGGACUUAGGUGGUUUCUUCUGUGUCCAUGUAUCUGCAGUGGGGCCAUGAUUUUUAAAGGUGAAAAUGUCUUGGUAAGGAUCGUUUGGCAUUUGAUCCUAACCAAGUGAUGAUUAGAAAAAUAUGUCAUCAACUCUAGGCCAUCUCCCAAAAUAGUAGUCUAAGAAAACUUGAAAGUGUAAGGUUUAACCUUUAAUUUAUUUCACGUAAAUACAUCCUUUUAUAUUGUUCUUGUGACAUUUCUUUUUCUAGUUAGUGGGCUGUAUUCUAGACUUUUUGUACCACUGCUUCUGUUUGUUCGUUCCUUCGUAUGCUUUUGUGUCCCAUAAAUUAUUUUAGAAAGAAAAUACUGAUAAAACUCAGGAUACUGACAUUUUUGUUGAGACUAAAAAUGGCAAUUACUAAAGUUGAGAAUCUCUAGAGUCUGGUUUGUAUCAGUGUUAGUAGUUUUGAUUGUCCAUGUUGAUUUCUUUUUUUUUCUUCUUUUUUUUUUUUUA